UCUAAUAAAAACUGUGGUAAAAUGUGAGAAUAUGAAAAUACAACAAGACAAAAAUAAGCCUCUGUUAAAUCAUCUGACCACAGUUCCACUUUAAUGCUCUUAUAAAGAAAUUAUACCUUUGUCAUUAAAGACAAAAACACCAUAAAGAAUAUGUAGAGGAUUAGUAAAUGUGUCUUUAUUCCUCCAUGAAGUGGACAGAUGUUACAGCGCCCCCUGUGACUAAACACAUUUUAAAAAUUUAGAAAGAAGGAAACUGAGCCGCAUCAGUCCAUUAAAUUUCGUCCAAUCCAAUCAGUUACACCUGAGUUGAUGUUUAAACAAUAAAACAAACACUGUAGCGCCUCCCUGUGGACAGACACUGACAUGUUUUUUCUUUCCCAAAUUAAAUUUUUGUCUGAGAUUUAUCAUUCAAGGUGAGAGAGACAGAAUAUUAACCACUGUGACCACUCGUAGAGUAUUAUUAUUAUUAUCACAGAUACACCAGAAUACAUAUAUUCUUAUUAUAUUUUAUGUUCUACACAGAAAUGUAGAUUUUAAAUCUUCUUGUGGAUGUGAUGUGAUUUUUUUAAAACUUCAUUUGUCGCGUAAUAUUUUUAUUUGAUUAAAUAUUAUAUGGAGUUAGCUACUGAAUUGCACCUGCAGUCAAAAUAAUGUAAUACCCACCGAGCUGAUCACAGCUGUCAUUCAGCGUGUAGUUUGUGAAGGACCAGGCCUGAUAAGCAGCCUAUAACAGACCUGCAUGUGUCCACCUAUAGCUCGGUGCUCUCUGCCUCACUGCGGUGGGCUGGCGGUCUGACAAUGACUUGAAUGCUGAUUAUUGUGGAGAUCGACAAAGGAGACAAGGAAAGGAGGAGAUGAACCGUUUCCUGAGAGCUGGGGAGAAUGGAGGGCUGCUGACCGACUGCAGGGAGCUGUCACCCAACCACACCGCCUCCUCCUCCUCUUCCUCCUCCUCCACCGCCUCCUCCAUCUCCAUCACCUCCUCCUCCUCCUCCUCCUGCUGCUCCAGCGCCGCUGGCUCAGCCGACAGACACGCGGCCCUGCCCUCGCUCCAGACCCGGGGACCCGGCGGCGGCGGCAGCGGCGGGUCGGAGCCGAGGAGAUCCGCGCUUAAACGCAGCCGAGCCGGCCGGGAGGGACGAGAGGAACCGGAGGCGGCAGCGGCGGAUCAGUCAGCGGCUGCCGUCGUGGUGCACGGCGGCGGCGGCGGUGGUGGAGAGGUGCGCGUCGGGGUCGGGAAGCAGCAGCAGCAGCGUCGGGAGGCUCAAGGACGCAGCGUCGGUGGAGAAGUACUGGAGAUGAUUUCAGCGGUCAGCAGAGACGCGGACGGCGGCGGCGGCGGCAGCGGGAGCGGCAACAACAACAACGGCGUCUCCGAAGUGACCACGGCCUCUCCUGCGACAUGCGCCAAAGGCAAGGAGGAGAGGAAGGGGAAAAACAUGAUCCGCGGCUGGAAGAGGGAGAGGGACAGGGAGAGGGAAGCCGCCGCUCCCCCUGCCGCUCCUCCUGCUGCUCCUGUCCGGACGAGGAAAGAGAAGCCCGGUGAUGGCUCGUCUCCUCCUCCCUCCGUCUUCCUCUCGUCGUCCGCCCUGCCCGAGCAUCAUCUGUGCCGCGACGGCCCCGGACACUGCCACUGCGCCUCGCCGGACUCCAGGAUCAUGGGAGAUAAUAGCAGCACUAACAACGUAAACAAUAACAAUAAUAGCGGGAGUAACGGCGGCGGCGCUGCCAGUAAAUCCGCGCUGGAUUGUGGAGUUAAGAGCGGCGGCGGCGCUAUUGUUGUCAGACGGCAGCAUGACGACACGCCGGCCGCCAAGAAACACAGAGGAGCCGAGAAGGUGGAUCCCAUGUUCACAGUGCCAGCUCCCCCUGCUCCAGGCCACCCCGGAGCCCCCGGUUCCUCUCUGCCAUCGGCUCCUUCCUUCUCCGCUCCGGCCCUGCCCACCUCCAACCCCAAGCAGAUGGCGGUGAGGACGAGGUCCAUUGGCACCAACACCCAGGACGGAGGCGUCUCGGGGGCGCUGGAGGGCGACUCUGCCUGUCUGGGACCCUGUCAGCCUGGGACCAGCGUCAACCUGGAGGGCAUCGUUUGGCACGAGACGGAGGAAGGUGUGUUGGUGGUGAACGUGACGUGGAGGAAGAGGACCUACGUGGGAACUCUGUUGGACUGCACCAAACAUGACUGGGCUCCUCCGAGGUUUUGUGAGUCUCCCUCCAGUGACCCUGAGUUGCCAGGUGGGCGUGGCCGGGGGAAACGGAUGCGAAUGGCCAUGGCUGAGCGGCCCUGCAUUGAGCCAGCGCCCGCUGCCAAAGUCAGGGGUCUGUCACAACACAGGAGCCGUGGAGGUGGUGUUGCUGGAACCGCUGCACCUAUCCACAGCAAGGGACGGAGAGGCAGCCUGAACCUCAUCAACAGCAACUGCCGAACUCCACCUUCUUUCUUCACUGUGGAGGAGGUGAAAUCCUCCAACAGCGCCUCCACCCUCUCGUCUGGGAAGCGAAAGAACAAACCGCCGGCUGACCUGGACCUCAGCCUGGUCUCUUCUGACGACAUUAAAAACGGAAAUGGGAAGAGGAUUCGAGCUAAGUCCCGCAGCGCCCCGUCCACGCCACAGGGCAAAUCUGACCCUUCAUUCAUGGAUCCAGGAGGAGGUUGUGCCUCCUCACCACCUCCCCCACCCAUUCUCAUCGACUGCCCCCACCCCAACUGCACUAAACGCUACAAGCACAUCAAUGGACUGCGCUACCACCAGACACAUGCGCACCUGGAGGUUGAAGAGCAGAGGAAGCCUGAGCUGGAGCCCAUGAAGGACGGGGAGAGUGAGGAACGACUAUCAGACUGUGAGGACACCAUCAGCAACAUGACAUAUGACCUCUCAGACACAAACAACAACACUAAUGCCAACAGUUCCUCCAAGAAACCGGCUCCUCUAUAUAAGGUGACCACGGUAGGGUCUCCUAAGAACAGACGGCUUCUCCUCAGUACUGACCACAGCCCCACAGCCAACUCCAAAACCAGAAGAACCUCACUGCUAAAAGAUGGUCUGAUCGAUGACCUCAGCAAUCUGCCCAUCAUCUCCAACAUGACUGUGGUUCUUGAGAACUGCAUGGUUCCAGACAGGAACUCCACGGUGGAGAUGCCCAAACUGGAAGCCGAAGGUUUGAUUGACAAGAAGGGAGGUGCAUGUGAUAAGGGCAAGAAGGCCAACGGGAAGGUAGAGAAACUGUCCAAGUCGCGGGCCAACCGGCCAAUAGCUCCAGCCCCUGCUCCUCCCAAGCUGAUCGCCAUACCCAACGCAACGUAUCCCACUGGCACAGCCGAUACUGCCACCUCACAACAGCCCUCUCCCAUGGCAGCUGUAGGCCUCACAAGUAAAAACCUUCCCCUGAAACCCAUCAAACCAAAGCUGAGCAUCGUUGUGGAGCCGAGCCUUGUCAAAGCCACCCUGGUUACCUGCAGCAAAGAGACCAGGAAGAAAGAGAAACGGAGGCUGAAGGACAAACAUAACAAAGAUGUGCCAACCAGGACGCCUAAUGGAGACAGCAGUGGAAUCAAAAUGGAAGAUGUUGGCGGUGGAUCUAAAAUGGGUGUUAAGGAAAUUUCUGGAAGCCUUCUGAAGGAGCACCUCAGUAAACAGGAUGUAAUGAACGGACUCACAGAGAGCCAGGAGAGCAGGAUGGCCAGUAUCCGUGCAGAGGCCGAUAAGGUCUACACCUUCACCGACAACGCCCCCAGUCCCUCCAUCGGCAGUUCAUCACGGCUCGAUGCAAGUGGUAGUUGCCUGGCAACAGCAGACAGCAGCAGCAAGAACAACAGCCCCGCCUAUUCUGACAUCUCAGAUGCCGGGGACGACGGGGGAUCUUCCGAAUGUCGUUCGGAUGGGCUCAGAUCCAAGUCCAGCUCCUCCGCCUCUUCUGAGGUGAGCUCGAACAGUAGCCACGGUAACUCUGGUAAAACCCCAACCACAGCAUGUGUCCCAUCAUCAAAAGACCCCCAGUCCCCGUACUACCACAGCUACGAGCCCUACUACCUGCAGGGGUACAUGCACUCGGACAGGCAGAACAGCAGCAGUGUUGCUUUCCACAAAAGCUCUGCCCAUGACGGCAAAGGGAAAGACAGGAAGGAAGAAGUGAAAGAGGAUGACAAAAUCUCCUCCAACGAGUUCUCAGACUCUAAGAAAGGCGACGGGCCGCCUCAGUCUCAGCUCCAGCUGGCCAUGAGUCAGACCCAGACCGCCUUGGCCCAGUCUCUGUACUAUGGCCAGUACUCCAGGGGACUUUACAUGGACCAGAAACUGUUACUGGCCUCCAAAUGCUGUGACCAGACGCCCAGUGCCAAGCAGAGGGGUGAGAGGGGACAGGGGGUGAGAGACAGUGAGGACGUUAAACAUAUGGUCGGGGGUUCAGCCAGUGGACCCAUGCUAGGUAAAGGUCCAGACGGUGCUAAAGGUUGCUGUCCCAAACCCGUCCUAUCUUACGUGGAGAUGAGUGAGAGAGGAGAAAGGGGACAGAGUCUGGGCUUAAAGGCUGUGCACGGUGGCAUGGUGGACCAGCACCAGGUCUCGAUGAAAGACUGUGAUGACAUCAAGUCACCCUCCUCUUCCUCUUCUUCAUCACUCCACAACCCAAACAGUCAGACAGAUCUGGACUCAAAUGUUUCCUUUUCCAGUCCCUCAGACGGCCCCGCCUGGGCUCACCGCCUCGCUCACAGCAAAUACUCAGAGCUACAGAGUCAACAUGGAGAGGAGGCCGAGGAGGGUGAAGCAGACAGGGGAAAAGAAUGGGGAGUUACCCUGGAGCCUGCCGGGGCCAAGAUGACCGCAGGAGGAGGAGGAGGAGGUGGAGGAGAGAGAGGAGUGGGUGUGGGCGGAGAUGCAAAAAAAGCCAGGGUCCACGGAUCCCACGAUCUCACACCAGCCAUCGACGCAGAGGAUUCAGAUCGGCUGGAGGGGCUGGACGAUCAAGGCCAGGAGCCGAUAGGAGGGCUGUCUGAGGAGUCCCAGAGCGCCCGGGCAGCAGUGUCUCCUCCCAUGACCCCCCAGCAGCCCUACAUCCAGUACCAGCACUCCUCCUACCCGCCAUACCUGGCAAUGUGUGAGAGUGGCGGGGGCUCCUACAGAGGGGUGUCCCCAACCCUGGUCCACAAUUAUCCAGGUUUCCACUAUCCUCUGUACGGUAAGACAGCGGGCAGGGAGGAGUCGGAGGUGACUCCACCCGGCAGAGGAGGAGCAGUGAGCAGCAAGCAGAGCGGCGACUCGUCUUCGUCCUCGGCCAUGGAGCUGCUGCAGCAGCAGAGCCAUCAGUACCACGGAAAAUCACCUGCUCCUGGUGAGAAGGGCUCCCCUGAGGGGGAGAGAGAGACGGAGAGAGAGAGGAACCACGUGUCGUUCGCCCGACACCUCCACACGCACCAUCACACACACCUGGGUAUGAGCUACAACCUGAUGUCAGGACAGUACGACAUCUACCAAGGGUUGAGCUCCAGGUCGCUGGUCUCCAGUCAGCAGGUGUCAGGACACUCCUCUACUGAAAGUGAAGGGAAGAAGUAGGACCAUGUGACCACGUCUCACAUGAGGAACGGCAGAUUUAUCAGACAUCAAUUCCAUGGUGUUGAAUAAGCUUCGCCUCGCUGAGAGGCAGAGAACAAAAAACAAAAAAACCUCUUCAUUUCUUACUAAUGACAACCACCUGUUUUAUAACACAUCACCCAGGAGCAGAUGGGCCAACAGAGGGACAGACAAAUGAACGGAUGGCAGGAUCGGGACCUUUCUGAAGGAGGAACUACCUGUACAAAUCCACAAUCACAGACUUUUGAAGCUUUCGGUUUUGCAGAGUUUUGACGGAAGCAGGCGGUGCGUAUAAAACAAAACAUCCUGCUGUGCACUCAGCCCGACUGAGGCUGUGGUGUUCAACUUUAUAAAAUGCACAUUUAUCGUAGUGUAUUAUGAUGAUGAUAUGAUUGAAUGUACUGAUGAUGACUUACUUUAUCCCAAUAGUGUUGAUCGUUUUUUUAAACUUCUAUUGGGAAACAGCAUUAGGAAGCUAAAAAGUCUAUUAUUAUCCUUAUUAUUCUCAUUAUGAUUAUUGAAGUGGUCCUCCUCCCUCCAUAGUGCUGACGCUACAUUUGUAUUACUAACCUGUACUUGAGCGUAACCAUGUUGAUUGUAUUGUCUUUAUGUGAGAGUAAACCUUCACAUCAACCUGCCCAGUGCCAUGUAGGAACCCAGUGGUGUAUAUAUUCUGUACAGAUUCAUGGCAGAGCACUAACAUGCUUUAUCGUACUCUAUGUUGAUCUCCAUCAGCCAUGCAGGGGAGCAGCAGGCAGAGCAGGGGAAACCAGCAGAUCCUCAAGGUCUUUACUAGCUAAAUUCACUUCAUCUGCAGUAGUUUGCCACUGAUGUUGAAUUUAUGACAUAUUCCAUUUGGUGAGAGCAAAAAGUCAGUGAGUUAUUUGGUAAAUUUAAGCCCCAGUUUGUGCCUCUUAAACACACAGUGUAAUUUUCUGCCACUAGGGGUCUCUCAAUCAAAACAAUAACAGAAGACAUAGUAUAAUGAUGAAGUAGUGUGGAAUCAUGGGAGUUGCCUUCACCACUAUGGUCAUCAUUGCAGUUAGCUUCUCCUGAUUGGAAUUCCUUCAGUGUCCGUCCAGAAUUUAUAAUCUGUAGAGGUCUCCCCCUCUCCAAAACAAACGGACCAGGCAAUUAAAACCAGUAAAAACACUGAAAAAAGGAGUUUCAUCUUAAAAAUAAUCCUGGAGGGGCUGUAAGCCAAGCUGCUGCUAACAUUUAUUUGGCUUGUUUCUCUGAUAACUUGUGAUCCAAGUGUAUCCAAGGGGAUAAGACACCAUUGACAGAGGACCAUAAGAAACGGGCCGGUACCUCGAUUAAAAUGAUGAAUUUCUUUAGGUUUGAAAUUGCUAGAAACAUUUGGGAUUAUGUAAGAACACAACUCUUUUUAGUUAAUUUAAUGUGCGAAGGUUACAUAUUAUACCUUUAAUUAAUCAGUGGAGACUUUCUAGCCACAUGAAGCUCUAGGGACGGCAUUGUUGGUUGGUCAGUCCACCAGUUUGGUCCAGGCUGAAGUAUUUUGACAAAUAUCAGAUGGAUCACUCUGAAAUUUGGUAAAGACAUUCAUAGCCAUUAGGUGGUGGAUGCUAAUGACUUUGGUGAUCCCCCUGACAUUUCAUCUCCAGUGGCAGAAAAUUUGGUCCUGAGUCUUUUUUUUUUACCGGUGAUUAUAUUCUACCAUCAGAUAUGAACCAAAGUUUAUGGAAACUCUAGUGUACAGUAAUUGGAAUUUUGACCUGUUCCUCCCAAUGUUUCCCCAGUCUGUAACCCAACAACAAUGCACACUGAGCCAAGAAGCCAUUCUCAUUUUCAGCUUCUAUCUUUGUUUGAAGAAUGGUGACGAAUCCUGGGUCAAAUUUAGCAUAAGAAAAAGAAUCUGUGAUGAUUAAGGUCUUGUCUCUUGGUAAGAGUAGAACCACCUAUAAGAUUUGGACUGAGACUGGUCUACGUCUGCUACUUGAUUGUGAUCAUCAGUCAUCAGGAAACAUCUUAGAUAUUGUAGCUGACAAAAAAAUCUCUCCUCAAGGUCCAUUUAGUAGCAGCUCUGUAGCUUUUGAUCAUUCCAAAUUACCAAUAAAGUCUAGAGAUGUCAUGGAAAUGAACAAUGACUCCAUAUAGUUCUCAGAAAAAAAAUCUACAAACUCAAUCUGCUGAGGAAGCUCAUGCUACAUGAUUGAAAGCUCCAGUGAGAUUUUGUCAACUGCUCUUUCCAAGGCCAAGAACAAACUUUGGACCUCUAAGUCAAAUAAAACCAGAGGUACAAACUGGGGCAGAGUGGAUGAAUGCUAAUAAUCAAUGCUUGUGAGUGAUUCUGUUUGAAUAUGAGAGGUAGAUAUGCCAGUUGUACUUUUAGUCACUACACUUCUGAAGGACAAUUCCAAUGUUAACUGAGUUUUUCCUCAUUUUCUUCAACAUUACAUUUACAUUACCUCUACAGCCAGCAUUAUACUCCAAACUAAAUGGAAUUUGGUGUGUUUGCUCAGGUACAAUAGUGACUUUAUUACCAAAAAGAAGCUUUAUCAUUUGUCAGUUGAACUUUUCAACCAAAUUUUCACACUGACUAUAGGAUUUAGUUUAAUUCAUAAAGGUCACCAUUUGUCUUGUUUUUAGGAACUGAGAAAUUGUGUAUAAAAACAUUUGUUUGCAGUGCCAUAUUCAACAGCAGAUUGAGAACAUGCUAAAUUCAGUUUAGUUUAAAGUAUAACUCUUCUUUACUGGGAUCAAGUCAUAAUUCACAGCAUUCUCAUAAUAUUUAUUUUGAGGGAUAAGUUAAAAAAAAAAAGGAAAGGACAAAAAGAAAAUAUCAUUUAACAUGAUAAACCAGCUGGAGUAUAGUGAUAAAAAACAAUACGGUGAUGCUGGAAUUUAGUAGAAACUGAUCACAUUGGAAUUGUCCUCAAGGUAAAUGUCCACAUUUCUACCAUCAGUGCUCCCAGUGGGGAUUCAUCCUUAUCUGGAAUCCCACAAUCCUUUGCUCUGCCUCUGCUCCCAUGCCUUCUACAAGCUAACUAGCUCACUGCAGAGCCUCUGAUAGACAGAACGGUCAGGUUUUACCCUUGGUGCCAUCCCACUGCCACAUCUCAGAGCAAGGCAUUUGCUUGGGCAUCAUCCACAUCAGCCUUUUACCAAUCUGAGCCACAAACCACAUCCUCGUCUCCAAAAUCUGGUGCUGCUAGUUGUCUUUAACAUCUGAACCACUUGCCACAGAACACUGGCUGAUCCUGGUUUUCCAGACUGCAAAUCUUGUCGUGAAAACUGGGCUCACAAGAUUGCGUCUGCCAGUGUCUGUCUUAAUCAUCAAUUUUAUCAUCCAACCUGGACCAGAAUGUCUGAAACUCUCUGUAAAACUACUGGUAGAGUCAAGCUGGAUAUAUGGCUGUGAAGUCUGAUGCUGCUAUAUAUGUUAGAAAAUGAUUUUUGGUUGUUAAUAAGAACAGAAAUAGUCAGAAAAUGAAUUUGGCAGUGUUUGCACAGAUAGAAUUACAUAUUCAAGACCAAAACGGAAUGCCAUAUCUUGCCAAACUUCUAAAACGUCCAAAUCAUCAUAUCUUGAUAGACCAAUCCUCUGCAGUCUGUUAAGUCAGAUAUAAGAUAUGGCCUUGCUGUGGCCCAUAGGGUUAAACAACUACUUCUGUCUGUUUGAUGUGGACAGAAAUCAGCUGUAGGUAGCACCUCUCAGAUCAGUGUCAGAAACUGGAAUCAGACCAGCAUACAUGGGCUGAUUCUUUACUGUUACUUAUAAGCCUGGCAACCAAGUGUGCAAAAUUUAAGCCAGUGUUAAGCCGAACUAUUACAAUUAUAGAAGUUAUUUCUUUUUGAUUUCAUCCACUUUAGCCACUGCAACCCUGAAGGUCAACUGUUCGGCGGUGACAUUGUUUUUCUGAUGCAAACAUGCCAAAUUCAUAUACAGCCAGUCUAAUUGAGCAGCUAAUUUACAUCAACAGAGCUGUUUGCAGUAUUUUUAUGAAAACAACUGAUAGCUAGCUUGUUAGCAGUUUAAUUUAGGAAAGACCUUGUUAACAUGCUCACAUCAGCUCCUGCUAGCAACAUUAGCUAGUGUGCUAAUUAGAUGUGUCAACAACAAGACAGUUUGGUUAGCUGGUCUGCUAGAUACUGAAUGCACAACACAAUCCAGUAUGGCCAUCAGAUGUUUCAUCAACUGUAAGCCAUGAUGCUGCAUUCACAUCAUGUGGAAUGGAAGUACAAGCUGUAUUUACACUAACUUCCACAUUUUGUAAAUGCAGCGUAACGUUAUAGCAUUUUCUACAGUCACUGUGGUGCCAACACGGCUGACAAUAAAACUGCAGUUGCCCAACUUUGUCUAUCAGCAGCUCUGCCUCACUUACACAACACCUUACCUGCAUAGUAUCAGUGAUCAUUCUAUUACUUGAAUAUAGUGCUAUGAACUCUGUUUACAAAAUGUCAACUUUUGGGAGACACAGUGUUGUCUUAUAAAGGCUGCUUGGUAUGUUCAGUUCAUCCACCCGGUGUAUCCAUUUAAUAACACACUGAAAUCGUAUAAACAUGAAACCUGCUGUUGCUUUUUUAUACUGUAUAUGCCUUAAUUCAUAUGUUUGGCAAUCAUGAUUAAAGGAUGUUUAUAUAUA